GCACGCCUGCACCGCUAACCUUCUUCUUCUGUUACACCCCAAUGAAACGCCCCAAUAUGUCUCCCUAUUGUCAUCGUACACUUUGGAAACUCUCAUCGUCGCUCCAUAUUUUGUAAGACGAAAUGAAUUUAACAAUAUUACUCUGGGUAUAAUACUCUGGGUACUUGAUAAAAUAAAAAAAUGACAUGCUUUAGAUAUGUAGAUGGAAGGUGCUGCAGAUGUUGUUUUACAUUCACGGAUGAUAGUUAUACUGCGGAAUGUCACUCGUCUAGAUGGAAGUUUGCCAAUUCUCUGUAAGAUCACUGCAAACUUUUACGAUACUGUUCGAAUGAUACUCGAUUUUAUAAUAAGAUACUCUCUGUUGUUGAUGUUCUUUUUUCCACGACGCGACGCGACGUGUUCUCGUGGAAUUCAGAAAACCCUAAGGGAAACACAGAGAUACACGUAAAAUCGGGGUAGCGAAAAGUAUCCUGAGGGUUAGUUUCCCUUUUUUUCCGAGGGAAAAUGAAAGACUUACAAAGACUUUCGAGAAACAAUCGUGACACAGGGAAUUCGUUAACUUUGUUGUAUGAGCAAGUAGAAGCGGAAGCUAUGAUAGAAACCAGUCGGAAGAGAAUUGUUAGCAGAGACAAUACGAUACUAGAACGAUUCUCGUCUCUUUGGUUUAUAAAUCCAAACAUACAUACAUACAUAUGUACAUACAUAUGUAAAUAAUUGAUUCUGCUUUUAAAUUAAUACAAUACAAUUAAUAACUGUUAUUUUGCAAUACUCUCCCAUCAAUAUCGUUUUCUAAAGUUCAUGUUCCGCAAAAUAUUUAAAAAAUGAUAAUGAUUAUCGGGUCACACCCUAUGGAGGUGACUACGAUCGUGAUCCACCCUAACACCUAGUCCCAAUUUUAUACGAUAAAUACAGCCUACCAUACAUAAAUAUGUACAUACAUAAUUAAAUAUGUAAACGAGACGAACGGUAGAAUUUAUAUAAAAUUGAUUGUUCCAAUGUUUGUCUUUUGUCUGAAACGCUCACAAUACCCCCCUCGCUGACAUUGCCAUGGCAACAAAUCGUUUGUCUAAACUGUUUCCAACUGUUUUAAAGACGAAAGUGGACGAAAGAGAAAGACCGUUGAGUUGGCCGUGAACGAGAAAAUUCGUAAGUAAGAAUUGUCUUUUGUUGAAGAGCACGGUUUUAUUCUUGCAAAUACCAUGAAUCUUGGUUUGUCCAUGGACGGAAGUCUGAAUCAGAUCAACCAUAAAUUACGCGAGAAGGAGAAGAAGCGUACGGAGGAACGUCGUCGAAGCAUUCCGUACCUUAUAGCUCAAUAUCUGAAGCAACAUGGAUUAACAGACUCUUAUGGCACAUUGUUCUCUGAGGCCCAGUUACCUACCGACAUUCAAAUAGCCGACAAUAUCGAUCUGGAAAUGAUACUCAUGGAAUACGAUAGUUAUUAUCAUCUAAAAUUCAACAAGUACCCAAUACUAUACAAAACGGUUCAAUCAACAUCUUCCACAAAUCCAAUUAAAAAAAUUAAAACGGUCAUCAAAUCGAAUAAAAACGACACAGCUAAAGAAGAUGUCACACAGCAGACUAAUUUCAGUCCAGAGAAUGACAUCUGUUUUGGGUUAACAGUGUCACCCCUUUUUAUUCCCAAAGAAAAUGUAAAUGAAAAUAACAAUUUGACAAAAGAUGUACCAAACAACCGGCCUACGAAAUCAAAGAUAUUAAGCUGUAUCGAAAAACUUUAUCCGCCUGACUCUGAACUUCGAAAAAUAGCCGAGGAUAUUUCGACGGAAAUAGUGUUGGGCAAUUUGAACGUUUCUUGGGAUGAUGUGAUAGGACUCGAUAAAUGUAAGGCAGCUAUAAAGGAAGCCAUCGUUUAUCCGCUUAAGUAUCCGAUUUUCUUCAGUGACAAAUUUGCCCCGUGGAAAGGCAUUUUACUGUAUGGGCCACCUGGUACAGGGAAAACUAUGUUGGCCAAGGCAGCUGCGACGGAAUGUAAUUGCACGUUCAUCAAUGUAACCGCUAGUUUAUUGGUCAGUAAAUGGCGAGGCGAUUCCGAAAAGUAUAUCCGUGUUCUGUUUGAUCUCGCUUACAAUCAGUCACCAGCGAUUAUUUUUAUUGAUGAAAUUGAUUGGAUAUCUACAAAUAACACAAACGAUUCGUUAUCCGAACCUGCAAAACGAUUUAGAGCAGAACUUCUCACUAGAUUAGAUGGAUUAUUAUCACCUGAGGGUUCAAAUGUCAUGCUUUUGGCUGCUACUAAUGCUCCUUGGAACAUCGACGCAGCUUUACUCAGACGUUUAGAAAAGCAAAUCUAUGUUACGUUACCCGAUGAAGACUCUCGUCUUAAUCUAUUCAGCUCAUACGUUUCACCUAAUAUAAUGGAGGAAAAAGGAAAUUAUUUAGUCGAGGUAACUAACGACUAUUCUGCUGCAGAAAUAAAAUUAAUUUGCAAAGAAGCAUGGAUAAUCCAGUCAGCUCCAACAUGGAACCGUCUAGAGAAUAAUGAAAUAACUGUAACAAAUUUACAAUUCAAUAUUACCAGCUUCUCGAGUUUAGUUCACGCGAUAAAAAACAUACAAGGAACGGAUAAAAAUAUCCCUAAAUACAAUGAUUGGAUAAAAAGUUAAU